CCGACCAUGCGCCGCCUCCCGCGGGCCCUGCUGCUGCAGCUGCAGCUCGCCCUGCUCGUGGCCGCGGGAGCCCCCGAGGCGCCGGUCAGCGCGCGGCGGAGCCUGGUGUGGGGGCCCGGGCUGCAGGCGGCCGUCGUUCUGCCGGUGCGCUAUUUCUACCUGCAAGCGGUCAACUUAGAGGGCCACAACCUCACUCGCUCGCCCCCAGGUAGCCCUCCUUUUUUCUACAUAGUNAAAUCUCUUUCCCCUAAAGAGUUAGUCCGGAUUCAUGUUCCUAAACCUUUGGACAGGAAUGAUGGAACAUUUUUGAUAAGAUACAGGAUGUAUGAAACUGCCAAUGAAGGGCUGAAGAUAGAGGUCCUUUAUGGUGACGAACAUGUGGCUCAGUCUCCCUAUAUCUUGAAAGGACCAGUGUACCAUGAAUAUUGUGCGUGUCCGGAAGAGGAUCCUCAGGCUUGGCAGACAAUUCUUUCUUGUCCAACUGAGGAACCACAGAUUGCAAAAGAUUUCGCUUCCUUCCCCAGCAUCAAUCUCCAGCAGAUGCUAAACGAAGUCCCCAAAAGGUUUGGGGACGAGAGGGGUGCUGUUGUCCAUUACACAAUUCUCAAUAACCACAUUUACCGGAGAUCUUUAGGGAAAUACACAGACUUCAAAAUGUUCUCUGAUGAGAUUUUGCUGUCAUUGGCAAGAAAGGUCCUUCUCCCGGACUUAGAAUUUUACAUUAAUCUUGGAGAUUGGCCCUUGGAGCAUCGAAAGGUCAAUGAAACCCCUGGCCCUGUACCUAUCAUUUCAUGGUGUGGCUCUCUGGAUUCAAGGGACAUUAUACUUCCAACAUAUGACAUCACCCACUCCACACUGGAAGCAAUGAGGGGUGUUACAAAUGAUCUUCUCUCCAUUCAGGGAAAUACAGGGCCUUCCUGGAUCAAUAAAACAGAGAAAGCUUUCUUCAGAGGUAGAGAUAGCCGAGAGGAGAGGCUCCAGUUGGUACAGCUGUCGAAAGAAAAUCCACAGCUGCUAGAUGCAGGAAUUACAGGAUAUUUCUUUUUCCAAGAGAAAGAAAAGGAGCUUGGAAAAGCCAAGUUGACAGGUUUCUUUGAUUUCUUUAAGUACAAGUAUCAAGUGAAUGUGGAUGGGACCGUGGCUGCUUACAGAUAUCCGUAUCUCAUGCUAGGCGACAGUCUGGUCCUAAAACAGGACUCGCCAUAUUACGAACAUUUCUACGUGGCGCUAAAACCUUGGAAACAUUAUGUUCCAAUUAAAAGAAAUCUUAGUGAUUUACUAGAGAAAGUGAAAUGGGCCAAGGAAAAUGAUGAAGAAGCUAAGAACAUUGCCAAAGAAGGGCAGUUGACUGCUAGGGACCUACUCCAGCCACACAGGCUUUACUGCUAUUAUUACAGGGUCCUACAGAAAUAUGCCGAGCACCAGGCCAGCAAACCUGAAAUACGUGAUGGAAUGGAACUUGUUCCUCAGCCAGAAGAUAGCACAUCCAUCUGUGAGUGCCACAGGAAAAAUCCUUUCAGAGAAGAGCUUUAA